UGUGUUUGACAUUUUAUUGUGGUGAUGUGUAAAAAAUUUUUUAAGUAAAUUUUCCAAAAGAUUUCUAUUUCUGGUGUUUGUUAUUUUUUAAAAGAUCAAAAAUUUGCAUAUUUCUCAAGAACAACAAAGCAAGUGUUACAAGAUCUAUUUUAUAAUUUGUUUAAAGUGUGAAUAUAAUGAGUGAUUCCCAAAAACAGCAGCGUCCCGGCGCUACUCCCAUUAAAAAUCCACUGUUAAGUGCUUCGGUUACAGGUUUAACAUUCGAUGAUUUCCCCAAUAAACCUUUGUUACUCCCGGCAGCACCUCCUAUUGUACAUGCAACGGUUCCAGCUCCAGUCGUUACUCCCACUGGUUUAAUUAGAGAACACAAAUCAUUGGUAACAUUGGGAUCUUCAUCGUUGGAUACCGAAAAUCUUGAUGAAAUCAAUUUAAACGCUUCGAAUGAAGAAAGCCAAACAACUGAUAGCAACGAACCUAAUCCCCUAUUGGAACAAACAAAUCCAGGCGUUAAUAGUGAUUCUAUAUUGAGUCAAGCGGCUUCUUCGUUCUCAGCUUUGCCUUCGGUGGCUUCUAAUGUAUUUUCAACAUUUUCCAAGCGCAUAACAGCCAUUUCGAGUCGAGAAACAACACCAACAUAUGAUCAAGGUCAACAGGAUUUGAAUAGUAAUCCUUUAGUUCCACAAUUGGAUAUACAACCAACUUACAAUCAACAGCAACAUCACCAACAGGCAGGUUUACCUCAAGCACCUCCACCCUUUAAUGCACCACCUGCCGGUGGUAAUUAUUUUGCGAGUACACCUGACACAUUGACUCAAGAUACACAGACAAGUGUACCACCACAACCAGUAGAACCUCCAAAGUUUUACACACCGGCUGAAGUUCCUUCAAUACCGUCAGCAAGUGGGGCUCCCCCCGCUAAUGUAGGUGGACAAAAUAAUUUUCGUUUUUCUUCUAAAAAGAAAUUGUACGCUCCAAUACCUGGACUGUCAGAUCAAACUGCCCAUCCAGUUACUACAUUAGAUCCAUCAACUGUAAGUGCUCCAAUUUCUUACGACACCUCGUACGGUGGAAACCCCGCAAACAAUUAUUAUCAACAAUCACAAUAUCCCACGGCCGAUGAGCAAAAAACUGAAGAACGUAAAAAUAAUAGUGGUUUAUUUUCAAAAAUAAGCAGUCUUGCUCCAGCAGGUGUAUUGCAAAAUAUCACAGGUCUUGUACAAUCUGCGACAGGAUCCUUAACGCAAAAUAAACCCCCUGCUCCAGUUGUUGAUCAACAAAAUAACUAUUUUACUGGACCACCUCCACCAACAAACUAUUUCGUGCCACCUUCGUUAAGUGGUCAGCAAUCGACCUCCCAAAAUAACCAACCUUCUUCAUUCUUUAUUGGCCAAGAAUCUGAACCUACUCCUUUCACACCAUAUGAUAGUAAUUCUAAUACGCAGUCAAAUAACUUUUUCAAUCCACAACCUACUACAGCGCAACUACCACCAGCUUCAGUUUUAUUCCAAAGUAAGACAUCUUCAUCUACAGAGACAUCACAAACUCAAAUUUCCUUCUUUAAUCCAUCUAACUUGCCACCUCAAAUAAAUUCGAUUCCUAGCAAUCAACCUUCGCAAAUCCAAAAACCCCCAUCUAGGCCUCCAUCACGCCCAAGCAGUUCACAUUUGCCACCAAAUGCAAAUGAACAGUCUGUUCCAACAUUUUUCAACCCAACGCAAUCUAAUCCUACACAACCGACAUUAGAUAGUGUUUCUCCAGUAGCUUUAUUUGAUCCAACAAAGCACUUACCAUCAAGUAACCAAGAAAGUACACCUCAAUUUCCACCACCAACUGUAGAUCAUAAAGUUCCUCCGCCUGCAAGUGGACCUACAUCUUACCGUUUACAAAAGGGAACUAAACUUUAUAAAAAUCCUUUAACCCCACAAGAAACUGCCCCUAUUCAUGUUAUAAAUCAAUCUUUACCUACAUUUCCUACACCACCAACUGUUGCUACCCCUCAAAGUGUUCCCUUAUUUGCUCCACCUACUUCUGUUGGGCAAAUAACAUCAAAUCCAAGUUUUGGAACAAAUCAAAGUGUUCCUUUGGUGGCUCCUCCUGUGGAAGAAUUUAAAGCUAGUGUUCCAUUAUUUGCUCCUCCUCCUACUGUAGGAGAAUUAAAAUCUAAUCCUAGCUUUGCUACACCUCAAAGCGUGGCCUUGUUUGCACCACCUUCUGUAGGAGAAUUGAUAACUAACGAACCAAUACAAAGUAUACCUUCGUUUGCUCCUCCACCUGCUGCAGAAUUGAUAACUAACAAUUCUGCUCAGAGUGUUCCUUUAUUUGCGUCUGAUACAAAAGAUACAGCACAAAGUGUUCCUCUGUUUACGCCAUCCGUUGAUGAUCUUAAAUCUAACGAAGCAAUAGAAAGUAUUUCUUCGAAUGAUCCACAAGUAGGCGACAGUAAAAUAGAGCCACCAACCCAAAACGUUCCAUUCUUUGCAACUCCUGUAACAGAACAGAAAUCUAUCGAAACAGUACAAACUGUCCCUUUGUAUUUUGCUCCAACUAAAGAAAAUACUAACGUACCAGAACACAGUACAACUACUGAAGUCACGAAACUAUUAGAUUCAUCUGAAACUCAGGUUCCUACACAAGACACAAAUUCACAAUUCGUUGACAAUAAAGAUACACAACCCGUAAUUGAACCUAUUGAACCGGUUGUAGAAGAUAAUAAUACUGAAAUACAAAACCAAGCAUUAGCAGAUCCCUUGGAAGAAACAAUACGCAAGCUAUCAUUAACAGUUGAGCCAUCUUCAGAGACUAAAACCCUAACAUUACCGCCCAUCACUACACAACACAACUCGAAUAAUCCAUAUCGUAGAGGUUCUGCUACUGAAACUACAAAACCAGCAGUAAGCCAACCAAUAUUGGCGAACUUCUUUACUCCUCAACCAUCAACUGGCUCGGGCGACCUUAAUUUCUUUGCAACAUUGCCUGCUGCAGAACCUAGUUUGGAUAACUCUAGCAGUGCAGUUAACUUCUUUUCUCAACCUGCUCCAAAUAAAGAAAGUAACCAACAAUUAUCACAACCAAAAGAAUCUGCACAGGGAGAUACGACUAACUUUUUUACCACUGUUGGCAAAACUGAUGUAAGCCCCUCGGGUUUAGAUGUUAAGCAAGAUUUAAUACCUAUUCAACCAUACACACCAAUACAACCACCUAUUACUGCCUUCUUUCCUACUCUACCAACAAGUUUAGGAUUAGUACCAGCAGUUCUAGAGGAGAAAAACGAUAUCACCAAACAGCUUAACGAAGCAUUCGUGCAAGGCAACGUUCCACCACCUAUAGGAUUUGAAAGCUUCACACAAUCAGAACCUGUUGCUCCUAUAAAACCAGCAAAUACUACUGUUCAACAGGAAACUACUACAAGUCAAAAUCAACAGCCUGAAAUUGUCAACAGAUUUUCAAAUUAUUUCAAUCAAACAAAUCAAGAGCAAGAAAUUGCUAAAGAUCCUGCAACAUUUUUUGAUUCAUUCCCUGUCCAACAAGUAACACAAUCUCAACAACAAACAGUUGAAGUAACUGCUCCUAGUGUGGCAACAAACGAAGAACAACGUAUACAAUAUUUUUUCAAUAACCCACCACCAAAAGACGCAAGUGCUGUGGGUGAUUUAAAUUACGAUUUAGUUCACAGCGGUUUAGGUAUUAAAAAUAUACAACAACGUUCUUUAACACCAAUAUCGAACUUGGUAGAACCUCCUUCAUCUGCUUGCUCGGAAUUUUCGGAAUUCAGUAAUUCCACAGCAGGACAAAAAUCAAUUGCGGCCAAUUUAUCCAUAACAGAGAGUAGCGAGAAAUCAGUAGGAAAAGAGGAAAACAAAAGUGUUGAUAAUAGUGCAGUUUUGGAACAGGACUCUACAGAAACGGAUACGAACAUUAAACAUUACGAAGAUCUACCAGAGGAAAUUUUAAAAGAAUUAAGAAUGGCGAAUAUUUUAUCUAAUGAUAAAUCUGCUACUACCUCGGCCAGUGUGUCUUAUAAACCAGCUGUUAAACAUUGGUUUUUCAAACGCACCAUAAGUGACAAACAAAUUUGGGUUCCAUUCAGUCAUUAUGAUUCAGCUCUUCUGGAAACAAGUCUUUUAAUGGAAAAUGAAAAUGAAAAACCAAAUAUAGUUGCUGUUGAGGGUGGUCGUUAUGACGUCAAUAUAAGUGAACGCAAGAAAAUGAGCGUAUAUUGGGAAAGUGAACCAAUUGAAGUGCGUCGUUGUUCCUGGUUCUACAAAGCCGUUGAUUCGAAAUAUGUUCCGUAUGAGGAACAGACCGCCGAGGUAUUAGAAAACGAAUAUAAACAAGCCGCUGAGAGUGGAGUUUGGCAUAAAACAAUUAUUUUGGGCAUGGGAGAACAAGUAGUAUUUCAUGGUCCCACAGUUAUAGUACACUUUCAACAACAACAAAAUGCUGAUGCCUGGGGUGGAACUACGCAAACUGCCACUAGACCUCGCGUUGUUAAACGGGACUUGGAUGAUUUUAAUAUUGAACAGGGUGAAUCGCAAAAGGUAGACCAUUUAUUGUUUAUGGUACAUGGCAUUGGCUCCGCUUGUGAUUUAAAGUUAAGAUCUGUAGAAGAAGUUGUUGAAGAUUUUCGUACUAUUGCUCGCCAAUUGGUUCAGAGUCAUUAUAAAAACUCUACUGAUUUGGGUUUGGUUGGACGCGUUGAAGUUCUGCCAAUAUCCUGGCACAGUCAUUUACACUCCGUUGAAAUGGGAAUAGAUGAAAAAUUACGUAUGAUUACAUUAGAAUCCAUACCUAAAUUAAGGAAUUUCACCAACGACACCCUAUUGGAUAUACUUUUCUAUACUAGCCCCACAUUUUGUCAAAAAAUUAUGAAUACAAUCGUUCAAUCGAUGAAUACUUUAUAUUUGAAAUAUCGCGAAAGACAUCCUGAAUUUAAUGGUGGCGUUUCAUUGGCUGGUCAUAGUUUGGGCUCUCUCAUACUUUUCGAUUUGCUUUGUCAUCAAAAUCCCAUAAAAGAGAGUGAAGAAAAAAAUCUUGAAAAUCCAGAUGAAUUUUUAACUCCAUCCACUUCUAACACCCAAAUGGAUUCGAAUCAACUAGAAGAUAAUAAGCAAAUAAGCUACACUAUGGGACCGGCUGGAACUGGACAACCUUUCAUCAAUUACGGUCAAUUAAUUUUCCAACCUAAAAAGUUCUUUGCUUUGGGUUCACCCAUAGGUAUGUUUGUUACCAUUCGAGGCAUUGAUAAGUUGGGCCUAGAUUUCCGCCUGCCAACCUGUCCCGGUUUCUAUAAUAUAUUCCAUCCUUAUGAUCCUGUUGCCUAUCGCAUUGAAGCUUUAGUUAAUCCCGAUUUAAGUGGUGUACGUCCUGUUUUGAUUCCACAUCAUAAAGGACGCAAACGAAUGCAUUUAGAAUUAAAAGAAACUAUGACACGUGUUAGCAUGGAUUUAAAAAAUCGUUUCUUAGAUAAAUUUAAAACGACUCUGGACAGUGUUAACAUAUUUGGUUCCGCAUCCAAAUCUACGAAAGAAGCUGAAGAGUUAAUGGAAAAAGAAGUUGAUAAGGUCAUUCAAAUGCAAAUGGAAUUAGAGCAACAAAACCAUAAUCAAAACUCCAAUGACAAAUUAACAUCUGGAAACGAUUCACACAACGGAGCAACUGCUGCUCCCCGACCAAGAACCGAUUCAGUAUCUACCCAUAUGUCCGAUGAUGUGGUAGAAAUCGACUUGCCCUUGGGCAAACUUAACGAUUCCAAGCGUGUUGAUUAUGUAUUGCAAGAAGCUCCAUUGGAGUUCAUUAAUGAGUAUAUAUUUGCUUUAAGCAGUCAUGUGUGUUAUUGGGAUUCCGAGGAUACUAUAUUAUUCGUUAUGAAGGAAAUAUAUUCCGGCCUUGGUAUUAGCCCCGAUAGCCAAGUACCACAACAAACAAUGACCAUUGAACGUCCAAGUUCACGUAAUAGUUUAUUAUCUUCUUCAUAAAUUUAUUACCUAUAAUAAGUUAAUAUUUUAUCUUUUUAUCUUUUAUUUUUAUUCUAUUACUUUUCUCGUUUAAGUGUUAUUCUUGUUUUUAUAAACUACAAACAAAAUUCAUUGCUGCUAAAUUUCAAUUAUUAUCAGCUUUAGCAACCAAUGAUGAUGUUUAAUUAUAAUUUCAUUCAUCAUUAUAUAUUUAUGCAGCUUUAUUAAAUUUGAAAUUAUUUAUAAGAUAAAUUUUUCAAAUAUAUUUACUAUAUCUAACUAAACGAAUUGGGAAGGGUAAUUGUUUAACAUUUCAUCUAUUCGUACUUUGUAUGUAAUUUUGUUAAGAAUUUUUGUAAAUUUGUUUUAAUUUUAUUCAAAAUAUAAACACUAAUUUCAUAUAUUAAUAAAUAAUGUAUUUAUGAGAUAACUAUGCAUAAUAACUU